AUGGCCGACGUGGAGCCAGCGGCCCUCGCCGCCUUCGGAGCUCUAGGAGCUCUGGAGGUGGCAGCUCUGAUGGCUCCAGCGGUGGUCGCAGCUUCGACGGCGACGACGGCAGUGGCGAUGGUGGCGUCGGCGGCGGCGGUGGCGUCGGCGGCGGCGGUGGCAGCGGCGGCGGCGGUGGCAGCGGCGGCGGCGGUGGCAGCGGCGGCGGCGGUGGCAGCGGCGGCGGCGGUGGCAGCGGCGGCGGCGGUGGCAGCGGCGGCGGUGAUACAGAGGACAGCAACACUGACCAACUUUACCGCCGCUCGCAGCGCCUUCAAGCCAGCCAGGCUCAGGCUGGCGCGGAUCGCUGAGUCGCAGCUGGCGGCGGAAGAGCGGCUGGCUGCAGCGGCGGCGGAGGCUGCAGCAGCCGAGGCGGCGGCUCAAUCGCAGGCUGAGGGCGAGUGGAUGCCCCCCCAAUCGGACGGGGCCGCAGACAGCUGGUGGUUGGAGGAGGCGGAGGGGCGGCCGCUGGAGGAUGGGACGACCAUGUCCUACCUCGAGGUGCUCGAAGAAGAAGCUCGGAGCCAGAGGCUCCGGCUUCACAUCGAGCACCAGCUCCUGCGGCAAGAGGAGAACCGGCAACUGCUCUUCGAGAGUAGAUGCGGGAUCUGCCUCUGUGACUUCUCCGAGGUGGAAGAGACGGCGACCAUCUGCCAGCUUGGCUGUCACCACACCCACGCUUUCUGUGCGGGCUGCUUGCGGAGCGCCUUUGGAGCUCGGUCAAACCAGCAGGCCCCACCGGAGUGCCCGCUGUGUAAAGCACAGGUCUCGGAGGCCGACCAGGCCUUCGUCGAGGCGGCGGCCGGCCGCUCGGCGGCGUGCCAUGCGGCCAAAACGCGGGCAGACGCGGACGCCACGCGCCAGGCCGCAUGGGACGCCCUCCCGCCGGCGGCGGAGAAGGUGAGCCUCCCUGAUGCGAGGGCGCCACCGGCGGUGCCGCCGGGAGGCGAGUGGGAGUGCAUUGACGCGCACAGCGCCUUCCAGUGCGCCGUCUCCCCGUGCAGUCACGUUCUCGAGGUACCGGAUUCGCUGCGAGGCGAGUGGGCGAGAGCAAAUGUCGACGUCUUCGACUUCAUUCAGGCUGCCAAGAGCUCGGGCGAUGAGCUGGCGCUCGAGCGCGGGCUCAAGUGGCAACUAUGUCUGCAUGACGUGCUCCUGCGAGGGCCGGCGCGCACCUCUCGGGGCGGCGGUCGCUCCAUCGACGUGUCGACGUCUCUCGCCCUGCGCUUCCAGCGGUGGCGCAACGGCGAGCGGGCCGCCCUCCUCUGCGCCUGGGAGGCCGAUCGCACCAGAGCGUGGUCGGCUCGGCGUCGGAGCGCGCAUCGCCGCGAGAGCUUCGAGGAGCGGACGGAGCGAGAGCGCUCGGCAGCGGUGUCCGCGGCGCUCGCGCUCUUCGCGGACGGCGAGAUCUCUCGCGCGAUGCGGAUGCUUCACUCGCUGGGCAUUGCCGACCUCUCGGCCUCCGUGCUCCUGCAGCUGCGCAGGAAGCACCCGGAGCGCGAUCGCCCCGUCCCGCACGACCUGCCCGUGCAGGUCCCGGCGGUGCGGGUGAGCCUCACCGAGACGUUCCGCAAGCUGCGGCGGCGCGCGGGCACCGGGCCUUCGGGCAACCGCAACGAGUACCUCAGGGUGCUCACCCACUCCUUCGACGACGCCAAGGCCGACAGCGUCAUGCAGAAGUACGAUGCCUUCGCCUCGGAGCUCGCCAGCGGGGACUUGCCGACCUGGUUCUACGGCGCCGCCUCGAUCGCCUCGUUGAUGCCUCUCGUCAAGAAGGCGGUCACGCAGGCCGACGUGGAGGCCAUGCGACAGCCUGACGUGCGGCCAGUGGCGGUGGGCGAGGUCACCCUGCGGUCCAUCCUCACCUCGGUGACUGCCAGCGUGGCCCCGGCGAUGGCGGACGUGCUCGCGCCACAGCAGGUGGCGGUAGGAGUCUCGGGCGGAAUCUCGAUCAUGAUCAACGGGAUCCGCAUCUUGCUCGAGCAGCGAGGCGACUUUGUGCUCGUCAAGAUCGACCUCAAAAACGCGUACAACGAGAUCGAUCGGUCGGCGCUUCUCCGCCGCUGCUCGGAGGUGCCGGAGCUGGCGCCGUUCAUGCCGCUUCUUCACGCGACGCUCAUGUCCGCGACGAGCCUGCUCGUCGGGCCCCAGCGGACGCGGCUCUUUGAGCAGCACCACCUCGAGGGGCAGACGUGCCGCGCUGAGACGUCGCGUGGCGGCGACUCGGCGACCGGCACGCAGCAGGGCGGGCCUCCAUCGAGCGGCGCCUUCUGCAUCGCCAUCCAGCCGGAGCUGGCUGCCCUCGACGCCGAGCUGAGGCCGUUCGGUGGCGGGGCUUGGGCGGAGAUGGACGACAUCUUCGCGCUAGGACCGGCGGCCGCCGUGUUCCCGGCGGUCAAGCGCUUUGGCGAGGCGGUCAAGGCGUCGCUCAACCUCGAGAUGCAGGUCUCGAAGCUCGAGUGCUUCUCUCCCGAGUACAACCUCUCGCACUGCCUGUGGCGGGAGGCGUUGGGCGCGCCAGUCGGCAUGGUGCUGGUGCCGGAGGAGGAUGGCGGGUCGCGGACGUACCGAGGCGUGAUGGUCGCGGGCUGCCCAAUGGGGGAGGCAGGGUUUGUGGAUGCGUGGUUACGCGCCCAGGGUCCCGUGGAAAGCCCGAUUGUCCCCUUGGCCAGAAAGCCCCCGCACGGGCAGCUGUGGGCCGCCAUCUACUACUCCUGCUCCGCCAAGUUCGACUUCAUCCUUCGGCACCUCCCUCCCGACAAGACGGUGUCCCACGCUCGCGUCGUCGACGCUGCGCUCACCCGUGCCGCUGAGGCGUGCGGCUACGAGGGCGUGCUCGGCGACGCCAUCACCGCGCGGCGGGCUCGCCUGCCUGCGCGGAUGCGCGGCCUCGGCCUGCGCUCGCUCGAGGAGGUGGCGCCGGCUGCGUUCUGCGCCUGCUUUGUCGAGGCGGCCGAGAGGUUCCUCGACAGGUCGACGCCCGGCGGCGGCAGAGAGCGCGGCUUCUUCCAGAUGCUCGCUCCGCUCUUCGGCCACGGCGCCUUCGAGUUGCCGUACCCGAACAGCCCUCGCCUCUCGCGCUUCCUCUCGGGCUGCACCACCAACGUCAACCCGCUCGGCGCGCAGCUGGGGCAGCUGACGCCGACGGGCGAGUCCUUCAAGAAGGCGUGGGAGGGCAUGCAGCGAGAGGUCCGCGGCGAGGGCGUGGCGGGACCUCUCGAUGUCCGGGCUCCCGAGGCUGGCAACGGGCGGGCCGGCAGCGCUGGGCUACAGCGGCAGCUGACGCAGCAGCGGGAGCAGGUCAAGCGCAACCAGCUCAGCCGCAGCAUCCUCGGGCUGCCGCACGGCGACACGCGGCGGGAGGCGUGGCUGGCCGUCGACUCGUUCUCGUCCGCGUGGGUGAGCUCAUGGCCCUCGGCUCAGAACCGGUGCGAGGCGCGCGAGUUCCGCGAGAUCUUCUGCACCUACCUCGGCCGGGAGAGCCCAGCCGUGCGCGCGCUCGUGGGCAAGAGCAUCGCCUGCUCCGGCCGCGGCCCUCCUCGAGUCUGCGAUGCCUUUGGCGUCCAGCUGGGCUUGGCGACGCUCAACGACCGCGCCCACGGCAACUGCCACGACGACAUCUUCUCACGCGUGAUCGGUGAUGCGCUGCACGCGGGGCUGCGCGGCAAGGAGGAACCGCGCGAGAUCUUCAGCGCCGUCAUCCCGCCUGUCACACUCAACGGCACAGCUGGCACGCGCGGCAAGAACGGCAUCGUGCCGGAUGGGCGCCUGCACUGCAAGCUGCGCGAGUCCCGCACGGCGCGCUGCACGGGCACACGAGGCCAGGCGCAUCCGUCUGUCCGGUGGCGCGGCACGACAGUGCAGCGCGGGCCCGAGCAGCCGCCGGCGGAGCACCUCCUCGAGGGCAAGACCAUCCACCGCGGCGGGCCUCACUACAUGAGCGCUCGGGCGCGCGACGAUGGCCAGGGCGGCGCUGUCGCCGACAGGGCGAACCUUGUCCAGCGCGACUACGAGGCGCGGGCGGCGGCGCUCGAUGCCAAGCCGCACGUGCAGGCAUGGAACAACGGCUCGAGGGACGCCGUUUCCUCCGUGCUGCGCUCGUUUGGCACCGUGCGCAGCCUCGUUGUCGGGGCCUACGCGGAGGCGUCGGACGACCUGCACCAGCUGUUCGACUGUGUGGUGGAGUCGGCAUCCAAGCAGCACUGGAGGCGGAUCGGCGCGCGUAGCGCGAAGGAGGCGCGGUCCUACUUCGCUACGACGCUGCGGCGGGCGUGGGGCGUGCACUUUGCGCGCGAGUUCGCGCGGCACCGCAUCCGACGCGUGGUGUUCGUGGGGGCCCCGCGGCGACAGCCGGGCAGGCCUCUCGCGACGGCCGAUGGAGACUGGCCAGCGCUGUCGGCGGGCGAGUUUGCGGCGCACGCGCUGCGCGUAGGCGGCGCGUGGGCGGGCGGCCCGCCCGGCCGUCGAAGGUUAAUGCAACGGUGGCGUGCGCUGCUGCAGGACGUCGCUUCCUACCUCGCGGUUCGCUGCCUCGAGCUGCUCGCUCGGGCGGUGCCGCUGGCCGCUGUCCUUCCCGCCGGCCGGGCUUGCGGCUGGCUAGUGGCCCGUGCUGGCGGGUGGCGCACCGGCGUGGUGCGGUCCAACGUGCGCAGCCUCUGCAGCAGUGGGGAGGAGGCCGCGGCGCUCGGGCGGCGCUCGCUGCUACACCUCGGCCAGGCGAUUCUACUCACGCUGCAGCCGCCGUCGCGAGACGAGACGCUCCGCCGCGCGCUGCGGUGCGACCCGCAGUGCGGCGCCGCGCUGGCGGAGCUGGUCGAGGACGCGCGCGCGGGCGGCGUGGUUGUCUGCUCGGCGCACAUCGGCGUGUGGGAACUGCUGCCGCGGCUGCUGGCGGCGCAGCUGCCGCAGUGCGCCGUCGAGCAGGGGCGGCUGGUGUACAGGUGA